AUGGAGUUAGCAAACGAUUCAAUAAUACAACUUAGAUUUGCUUAUGAAUUGAUGGGAAGAGAAGCUGGUGGAAGAGAAUGUCUUGGGUACACCAAAUUGGACCAAAAGAAUUAUUUAAGGUCUAGAAGGAAAAGAUAUUUGGAAUUUGGCAAUACAGGUAGCUUACUUAGAUAUUUUCAGAAGCAAUCACUGGAAAUCCUUUCGUUCUUUUAUGCUGUGCAGUUAGAUGAGGAAAAGCAAAUAACAAAUAUCUUUUGGGCGGAUGCAAAGAUGAUAAUUAAUUAUGGCUUGUUUGGAGAUGUUAUGAUUUUUGAUACAAACUACAAGGUCAAUAAAGCACAUUCACCUUUUGCAGUAUUCAUUGGAUUUAAUCACCACAGGGAAACCGUAAUAUUUGGAGCUUCGCUAAUGUAUGAUGAGACAACUGACUCAUUCAGUUGGUUAUUUGAAACUUUUCUAGAGGUAAUGUUGGGAAAAAGUCCAAAAAUAAUUUUUACUGAUCAGGAUGCAACAAUGGCAAAAGCUUUAUCAUUUGUGAUGCCUGGAACAUGCCAGUUGCUUUGUACAUGGCAUAUUAUAUAA